ACGCAGUUAAAGUCAUCAUUAAGAAACAUGCAGUUCCAGCCGUCCUGCAUCUGGGCCAGACCCUACUUGAGAUCAGACUGCAGAGCAGCACCAGGUUCUGGAAGCACCGGAGUCAAAGAGGGGGACUCCGGGAACACCCCCGCCACCUGACUUGUGUCUUUCUGUACCAGAAGCUGUCGAGCGAUAGACCGCGUUCUGACGGAGAGGCGUCUCAGGAGAACGGACACACCGACUGCAAGGACCAAGCAAAGAACAAGAAGAAUGCAAAGCCUGAACAGAAAAGUGGGACAGUAGGAAAGGGGGCAGGGAAGAAGAUCACCAAGAUCAUGAGUCUGGGCAAAAAGAAGCCAUCCAUGGAUGAGCAAACCUCAUCGGCUGAAGAAGACGUUCCCACAUGUGGCUAUCUGAACGUGCUGUCCAAUAACCGCUGGAGGGAGCGCUGGUGUCGACUGAAGGACAACCAGCUUCUCCUCCAUAAGGACCGAGAUGACCUGAAGAGCCACAUCGCUUCUUUGCCCCUUCGAGGCUGUGAAGUCAGUCCUGGCCUCGACCACAAACAUCCCCUGGCUUUCCGUUUGCUUCGUAACAGUCAGGAGGUGGCCGUUCUCGAGGCUUCCUCCUCUGAAGACAUGGGCCACUGGCUGGGGGUGCUCUUGGCUGAAACAGGAUCCACCGCUGAUCCAGCAACUCUGCAUUAUGACUACAUCGAUGUGGAGACCACUGCCAACGUCAUCCAGCUGGCCAAGCAGUCCUUUUGUUUCACCAGUAAGCAUGCCGUUUCUCCAAACCCGUAUCUGGACAAUCCGCUCAAUGGCUACGCCUGUCCCACCGGUUUGGCUCUGCACUACGACGACGUGCCUGUUAACGGAACGUUAAAAGGAAAGAAAGGACUGGCAGCCGGUUGGGUGGCAUCCAAACAGAAAGUGGACUCAAAGAACCAAACCAAGAAGCAUCCAGUUAACGGAACAGCAUCCCUAAAACGCAACUCCUCUGAUGCUGAGCAGUGUAAGUACGGGAAGAAUCGUGUGGAGGCUGACGCCAAGCGGCUGCAAGCUCAGGAGGAAGAGCUGAUGAAAAAGAAACAGGACAUCAGGAACCAUUUGGCCCAACUAAAGAAGGAGAGGAAAGACAUUCGCGCCGCUGUGGAGGCCGCUGCUGGUAAACGUUUGCACAGCUCACUGUCAGAGCAGCUGCAGAAAGUAGAGGAGGCGUGCCGGCGAAAGGAGGUGGAGCAUGUAAACCUGGAGCUGGAGCUGACUGAAGUGAAGGAGAGCCUGAAGAAAGCGCUGAAUGGCGGGGUGACACUGGGCCUCACAAUCGAACCCAAAGCAGCUUCCUCGGGCCUCCAGUCUCCGGCGGCGCUGCGACGGACACAAGAGUCCUCGCCGUUCUCCAGCUGUGACACCAGCGACACGGAGUCCUGCUCCCUGCCCGUCAACAGCGCCUCUCUGCUCCGCCGGCAGCAGGGCAGCCAGAAGGCCUCGCCGGUCCGUGGACACGUGCUCAGGAAGGCCAAGGAGUGGGAGCAGAAGAGCGGCACAUGAACGCCGGUGACAUCCCUCAUGGACUUUAUCAUUAUCGUUAUUGUUAUUAUUUAUUUCAAACGUCCGGCCGAACCAACAUAAGGUUUUCACAGACUGUCAAUACCACAAUAUGCACAUCUUUGUGUUGCCAUGGUUACUGCAGUAAGUCGCUGUACUUCAGUUCUACAAACUCUGUCAGCAUAACUGCAGUUUUUUUGAUUGAAAUCUUCAAAGUAUUUAUUUGUAA